GCGCUGUUUGUCUUUCUUUGGCGACGAUUCAGAUCCUGACUUGUGCGCGCGAGAUAAGCUAUCAUCACGGUCAUCAUGGUGCAGAUAGUCGGCAAGUACCAAUACGUGUCGAGCGAAAACUUCGAGAAUUACAUUAGGAGUCUUGACAAGGGUGACCUCGUCGACACGUUCCUGCAGACCAUGCCGAUUGUGGAGAUCCAGCAGAACGAUGAUCAGUGGUACAUCAUAGUCACUAUCAGCCAGGACAAGACUAUCACCGUCACUUUUAAGCUUGGAGAGGUCUACGAUGAGUAUGUUUCAUCUUCUCAGAUCAUCUAUAAGAGCGUGACUACCAAGGAAGACAACGGUUUCAGAACGGAGACCCCCUUAUCCGCAGAUUUUAUAGGGAUCCGAGUUUACGAAUUCACAGACACUGAAAUGAUUAUGUACCUAUCCUCCAACAAGAGCGACGUUAAAGCCAAGCGUACAUACAAAAGACUGUAAAGCCGGUUCCUAAUUUAAAAAUAGCAGUAUAUAAUAUCACACUCUAUCAUUAUUAAAGAGACUGAAAUGUA